AUGGGGCAAGAAGGAUCUCAAAAUAAGCAAGGAGGCCAGCAUUUCCAGAUAAUCUCUUGGGUCAUUGCUAUUGUUUUCAUCUCACUUCUUGGUGCCUGCUGUAUUGCAAAUUGUUUGGUGACUCAUACCAACUUUCUACGCUGUAGGAGAAGCACUGAAGUGUCCAAGUUAGGAGGACACCGCAUAAAUCUGACAUGCAUCGAGGAAAAAUCAGACCUGAAAGGGAACACCUGGAAUUGCUGUCCUAUUGGCUGGAGAGCCUUCCAGUCCAGCUGCUAUUUCCCUUUUCAUGACAACAAGACAUGGGCGGAGAGCGGAAGGAACUGUACCAGGCUAGGGGCCCACCUGGUCACCAUCAGCACAGAAGCUGAGCAGAACUUUAUUACUCAAUUUUUGGAUAGACGAUUUUCAUAUUUCCUGGGACUUUCACAUGAGAAUCCUGAAGGCCUUUGGCAAUGGGUGGACAGGAUGCCAUUUAACUCGAGUAUGGAAUUCUGGCAUAAGGGUGAACCCAAUAACCAUCAGAAAGAAAAUUGUGUUGUCCUUGUUAAUGACCAAAACAAAUGGGCCUGGAAUGGUUUUUCUUGUACUCUGAGGCAAGCAGGAUUUGUAAGAAACCUGGAAGAAUACUUGCCUGAAAGCUAUGAAGAAGUUCUUGUGAUGUGGACAGGGAAGAAGAACCCAUUAGACCAGGGAAGAAUGUACAUGCACCAGUGGAAUAGAGAAAACAUACUAGAUCAUAGAACAUUUUCAAUCAUGAUGGGACUUAUUUAUUCAAUUCAUUCAAGAUAA